AUGGCUUUGGUGAGAAGUCUAUUGGGUGCAAAGAAGAUUAUUGGCCGCUCUAUAACGGCAGCAGCCUCAACAAGUAAAAGAGCAGCCUCGGUGGCGCCAAAAGGGUUUCUUGCGGUGUACGUCGGAGAGAGCCAAAAGAAGAGAUAUGUGGUGCCAAUCUCAUACUUAAGCCAACCUUCAUUUCAAGCUCUUCUUAGCAAAUCUGAAGAAGAGUUUGGGUUCGAUCAUCCGAUGGGUGGCUUAACAAUCCCCUGUCCCGUAGAUACCUUCAUCACCGUGACUUCUCGGCUCCAAUGA